GAGGGGCUGGGGGGCUAGGGAGGCGGCGGGUUGCCGGGGUUCGGAUCUGCCCCGGAGCCGCCUGCCGGGUCGGGGCUGCGGAAGAGCUCGACCCAGAGACUCGGCCUCAGUUUCCCCCUGUGGGCCGCGGCCAGAGAGCGCGGGGGCAGCUUGGGACCGGAUCCCGAACCUCAUUCAGCCACAAUAUGGCAACUCUUUUUAUAAGGAAAAUGGUGGUUUCUGCUGUGAACCCUCUCCUACAGCUGAGUCGUUACACAAUGACAAAUUACACAACGACAUCCCGAGCGCUCUCCACGCUGCUGCUGGGUCCCCUGCGUGUUGCAGUCUCUGCAGGUGCAAAGCCCAGCGCAGCAGUGGCCUCUCCUCUCUCCUGCCACCCCCUGCCCUUCCUGCAGCCGACUCUGGGGUUCAAGACCAAGGUCGUCCUCAAGAAGCGUUGCAAGGACUGUUACCUGGUGAAGAGGCGUGGGCGAUGGUACAUCUACUGCAAAACGCACCCAAGGCAUAAGCAGAGACAGAUGAAGCGCCUUUGACUGUAAAAAUAACAUGCAGGAUUGUGCCAUUUCCUUGGGUGACCUUAUCGAAGAAAAAUAAAAUAUAAACAUUGUGUUUUCUGAGA